CUCAGUUUUUUUGUUAUUUCCUCUCUCGCUUUUUUCUCUUUCUUUCCUAUCCUAAACCGUCAGCAGUAAGACGUAAAUUUUUUUCCGCAAAUUACUUUAAUUUCGGAAAAGUAAGGAAAAAUGAGAGCCAAGUGGCGUAAGAAGCGUAUGCGAAGAUUGAAGCGUAAACGCAGAAAGAUGCGUGCAAGAUCCAAAUAAGCUG